UGGCGGGUGUUCGGGAGGCGGGGUAAUGGUCUACACCUGCGCUGGUGGCGGGCCUCUCGUCACUGGGGUGCUCAGUCCCGCAGCUGCCGGGAGAUGGGGCAUGGCCGCAGCAGGUGUGGGGCGCCUUCCGAGAUGGGAGGAGUCUCGGCCUCACAGCUGGGGGUGAAGACUACCGGCAGCUGUGGGGCGCCCGCUGCGCCGCAGGUGGCGCGCGCCGGGAACUCCCAGCUGGGGACCAGAGGAGGGCUGGAGUGUCCGGACCCUGCCCUAAGGGCCCCUCCCGGCCGCGGUGACUCGGUCCGCUGUGGGUCAACUUCAGGCCUAGCGGGUCACCCACGGUGGGCAGCGGAAUGGUUGCCAUGGAAGCGGCCGGUCGCGCGACCUGGCGUAGGGAAGAUGGCGGUAACGGGCUGGUUGGAGAAUCUGCGGACCGCCGAGAAGACGGCGCUGCUGCAGGACGGGAGAAGGAAGGUGCACUAUUUGUUCCCAGAUGGAAAGGAAAUGGCCGAAGAAUAUGAUGAGAAGACGGGCGAGCUACUUGUGAGAAAGUGGCGUGUGAAAAGUGCCUUAGGAGCCUUGGGCCAGUGGCAGAUGGAGGUGGGAGAGCCAGCACUCCUGGGAGCAGGGGGCCUGGGGCCUGAAUUCAUCAAGGAAAACAAUGCCAAUCCCAUCUUUAUGCGCAAGGACACAAAGAUGAGUUUCCAGUGGCGGAUUCGAAACCUCCCCUACCCUAAGGACGUCUACAGUGUCUGUGUGGACCAAACGGAGCGCUGCAUCAUCGUCCGAACAACCAACAAAAAGUACUACAAGAAGUUCUCCAUUCCUGACCUAGACCGGUACCAGCUUCCUCUGGAUGAGUCCGCGCUGAGCUUUGCUCAUGCCAACUGCACCCUGAUCAUCUCUUACCGGAAGCCGAAGGAGGUCCUGGAGGCUGAGUCAGAGCUUCAGAAGGAGCUGAAGAAAGUGAAGACGGCCCACAGCAGUGAUGGGGACUGUAAGACCCAGUAGUGGAGCAUCCUUGAGCCUGCGCCUUGGGCGGUGUGGUGACCGGACCUCGGGCAGCGCGGCAGUGGGGGAGGCUCUUCGGACUUUGUGGCUUGGGCCUUUCUGGAACAGGGGUACGUCCUCUAAGAGCUCUCCAGGCUCUAUGAGAACUGGGCCUUGGGGUGCUCCUAGCCCCCAUAUCAUGGUCUGAUCUCCCAAGUAAAGUCGUUCUGAGUCACUGC